GCCAAAAUAGGGAGAAUUUUAGGUGUCAUGACGCUAGGCUCUCGCGUCUAAAUAAUACAAAUAAAACAUUGCUUUCAGUGGGGAUUAAAGCGGUCUCGGUAAAGAGAAGAUCAUACUGAUGUCUAGCUAACCGAGAUUGGAGAAAGGAUAUUCCGACCAUCAUGGCAGCGUCAGAGCUCUACACAAAGUUUGCUCGGGUGUGGAUCCCUGAUGCAGAAGAGGUGUGGAAGUCAGCCGAGCUGGUGAAGGACUAUAAGCAGGGAGACGGAAUCCUGCAGCUGCAGCUGGAGGAUGGAGAGGAAAUUGAACACAAGUUGGACCCCAAGACCAAGAAUCUUCCACACCUGCGGAACCCGGACAUCUUGGUGGGAGAGAAUGAUCUCACGGCGCUCAGCUACCUGCACGAGCCCGCCGUGCUGCACAACCUUAAAGUGCGCUUCAUCGACUCCAAGCUCAUCUACACCUACUGCGGUAUCGUCUUGGUGGCCAUUAACCCCUAUGAGAAUCUGCCCAUCUAUGGAUCGGACAUCAUUAAUGCCUACAGCGGGCAGAACAUGGGUGACAUGGAUCCACACAUAUUCGCCGUGGCAGAGGAGGCAUAUAAGCAGAUGGCGAGAGAUGAGCGGAACCAGUCCAUCAUCGUGAGUGGGGAGUCGGGCGCUGGGAAGACGGUCUCGGCUAAAUACGCCAUGCGCUACUUCGCCACCGUCAGCGGCUCCGCCAGCGAGGCCAACGUGGAGGAGAAGGUGCUGGCCUCCAACCCCAUCAUGGAGUCAAUUGGUAACGCCAAAACAACAAGGAAUGACAACAGCAGUCGUUUCGGCAAGUACAUCGAGAUUGGCUUCGACCGGCGCUACCACAUCAUCGGUGCCAACAUGAGGACCUACCUGCUGGAGAAGUCCCGCGUAGUGUUCCAGGCGGAUGAAGAACGAAACUACCAUAUCUUCUAUCAGCUGUGUGCCUCCUCCCACAUACCUGAGCUGAAAGCCCUCAAGCUGGGCAGCGCAAACGACUUCCUCUACACCAAGCAGGGCCGGAACCCUGUCAUAGAUGGUGUGGAUGAUGCCAAGGAGCUGUCCAAUACUAGACAAGCUUUCACAUUGCUAGGUAUCAAUGAAUCAUAUCAAAUGGGACUCUUCCACAUUCUUGCUGCAAUCCUCCAUCUUGGAAAUGUGGUGGUGAAGGACCGCGAUGCAGACAGCAGUAUCAUCCCGCCGAACAAUGGCCAUCUUACAACAUUUUGUGAGCUCAUGGGUGUGACCUACCAGGACAUGUCCCAUUGGCUCUGUCACAAAAAACUGAAAACCGCAACAGAGACGUAUAUCAAAACCGUCCCCAGGAUCCAGGCCACCAAUGCGCGCGAUGCCCUGGCCAAGCACAUAUACGCCAAGCUGUUCAACUGGAUCGUGGAUCACGUCAAUAAAGCCUUGCACGCCAACAUCAAGCAGCACUCUUUCAUCGGAGUCCUGGAUAUUUACGGGUUUGAGACAUUUGAGAUCAACAGCUUCGAGCAGUUCUGUAUAAAUUACGCCAACGAAAAGCUUCAACAGCAAUUUAACAUGCAUGUGUUUAAACUGGAACAGGAGGAGUACAUGAAGGAGCAGAUCCCCUGGACACUGAUAGACUUCUAUGAUAACCAGCCGUGCAUCAACCUGAUUGAGGCCAAGAUGGGGAUCCUGGACCUGCUGGAUGAGGAGUGCAAGAUGCCAAAGGGUUCUGACGACUCCUGGGCUCAGAAGCUGUACAACACUCACCUGAAGACGUGCUCGCUGUUCGAGAAGCCGCGCAUGUCCAACAGAGCCUUCAUCAUUCAGCAUUUCGCUGAUAAGGUGGAGUACCAGUGCGACGGCUUCCUGGAGAAAAACAAAGACACGGUGAACGAGGAGCAGAUUCACGUCCUCAAAGCGAGCAAGUUUGACCUCUUGGUGGAGCUGUUUCAAGAUGAGGAGAAGGCCACCACCCCCACUGGAGCCCAAACAGGGAAGCGCGUUCUCAGUGUCAAGCCUGACAAGGGCCGGCCCAACAAGGCCAGCAAGGAGCAUAAGAAGACUGUUGGUCUCCAGUUCCGGAACUCACUUCAUCUGCUAAUGGAGACUCUGAAUGCUACAACACCCCACUAUGUGCGCUGCAUCAAGCCCAAUGACAUCAAGCACGCCUUCACGUUUGACCCCAAGAGGGCAGUUCAGCAGCUUAGAGCCUGUGGCGUGCUGGAGACCAUCCGCAUCUCGGCUGCUGGCUUCCCAUCCCGGUGGACUUAUCAGGAGUUCUUCAACCGGUACCGGGUUCUGAUGAAGCAGAAAGAUGUUCUGGCAGAUAAGAAGCUGACUUGCAAGAACGUGCUGGAACAACUUGUGCAGGAUCCAGACAAGUACCAGUUUGGUAAGACCAAGAUCUUCUUCCGGGCGGGUCAGGUGGCUUACUUGGAAAAGCUCAGAGCGGACAAACUCCGUGUCGCCUGCAUCCGCAUCCAGAAGACCAUCCGCUGCUGGCUGGCCCGUAAGAAGUACCUGCGGAUGAAGAAAUCCUCCAUCACCAUCCAGAGACACGUGCGUGGAUACCAGGCCCGCCGGCUGGUCAAGUACAUGCGCAGGACUCGUGCAGCCGUCACCAUUCAGAAGUACCAGCGCAUGCACAUGGAGCGGACGCGCUUCAAGCGCAAGAAGGCAGCGGCUCUGGCCAUGCAGUGCAUCCUCAGGGCCUACAUGGCCCGCCAGCACUACAAAGGGCUGGUGCGGGAGCACAAGGCGGUGCUGAUUCAGAAGAUGGUGCGGGGCUGGCUGGCCCGGCAGUGGUACAAGCGCUCUCUGGAGGCCCUCGUGUACCUGCAGUGCUGCUUCCGGCGCAUGAAGGCCCGGCGCGAGCUCAAGAAGCUCAAGAUCGAGGCGCGCUCCGUGGAGCACUACAAGAAGCUCAACAUCGGCAUGGAGAACAAGAUCAUGCAGCUGCAGCGACGCAUCGACGAGCAGACCAAAGACAACCGUGCGAUGAACGAGCGUCUGAACGGCCUGGAGAGCUCCCACGCGACCGAGAGCGAGCGCAUGCGCAAGGAGGUGACGCGGCUGCGCACGGCCGAGGAGGAGGCCAAGGCCAACGCCCACAAGGUCACCUCCCUCCUGGAGGAGCUGGCCCGUCUGCGCAAGGAGCUGCACACCACCCAGAGCGAGAAGAAGGUGAUCGAGGACUGGGCCGAGACCUACCGCGACGAGAUGGAGAAGAUGGUGGCAGAGCUAAAAGACCAGAACGGGUUGCUGAAAACGGAAAAAGACGAUCUGAACCGCCUGAUCCAGGAGCAGAGUCAGCAGAUGACAGAGAAGAUGCAGCGCGCCCUGCAGGAAGAGACCCAGCAGCUGGAGAACGAUCUCAACGAAGAGCGCUCGCGCUACCAGAACCUCCUGACCGAGCACCUUCGCCUGGAGGAACGCCACGACGACCUCAAAGAGUCCAUCAGCGUGAGCGUGCCCAAGCCUGGCCACAGGAGGACCGAUUCCACUCACAGCAGCAACGAGUCCGAAAGCACCUACAUCUCGGAAUUUGCCGAGUCCGAGGAAGGAUCCCGUGCCGGGGAGGACAUGACCAGGGGAGGGGACAUGUCCACCUUCCUGAAGAUGCAGAAGAGAGUCACCGAGCUGGAGCAGGAAAAGCAUUCGCUGCAAAACGAGCUGGACCGCCGAGAGGAGCAGUUUCAGCGGGCUAGAGCCAGGGAUGACGAGGAGCACAAGAAGGCUCGCGGGGCAGAGUUGGAAUACGAGUCGCUUAAGCGGCAGGAGCUGGAUUCGGAGAACAAGAAGCUGAAGCAUGACCUGAACGAGAUGCGUCAGCUGCUGGGCAGCAACGCCGGGGCCCAAACGUCGGUUCCGGGCUCGCCCGCCUACAAGGUGCUGCUGGACCAGCUGAACUCCUCCAAUGAGGAGCUGGAGGUGCGCAAGGAGGAGGUGCUGAUCCUGCGCUCGCAGCUGGUCAGCCAGAAGGAGGCCAUGCAGCACAAGGAGACGAUGACCGAGCCCAUGGCCCACACAGAGGACAUCAGGAAGAUGAAGGACGCCGGAGAGAUCACUCAGGCUUACAUCGGCCUCAAAGACACCAACAGGCUGCUGGAGUCCCAGCUGCAGGCCCAGAGGCGUAGCCACGAUAACGAGGUGGAGGUUCUGCGCGGGGAGCUGCACAGCAUGAAGGAGGAGAAUAACCGGCAGCAGCAGCUCUUGGCGCAGAACCUGCAGCUGCCCCCGGAGGCGCGCAUAGAGGCCAGCCUGCAGCACGAGAUCACCCGGCUCACCAACGAGAACCUGGAAAUGCAAAAUACAGACGACCCAGCCAAAUAUCGGCAGUAUCGAAUCAACGUUUUAAAGCGGAUGAUUGACCUGAUGGAGCAGCUGGAGAAGCAGGACAAGACCGUCCGCAAGCUGAAGAAGCAGCUCAAGGUCUUUGCCAAGAAGAUCGGUGAGCUGGAAGGAGGCCAGGUGGAGAGUGUGUCUCCUGGGCAGACGGUGGACGAGCCCAUCCGGCCGGUCAACAUCCCCCGCAGGGAGAAGGACUUCCAAGGCAUGCUGGAGUACAAGAAGGAGGACGAGCUGAAGCUGGUCAAGAAUCUCAUCCUGGAGUUGAAGCCGCGAGGUGUAGCUGUAAACCUGAUCCCAGGCCUGCCGGCCUACAUUCUCUUCAUGUGUCUGCGACACGCCGACUACGUCAACGAUGACCAGAGGGUCCGCUCCCUGCUCACCUGCACUAUCAACAGCAUCAAGAAGAUCCUGAAGAAACGAGGAGAUGACUUUGAGACCGUUUCAUUCUGGCUCUCCAACACGUGCCGCUUCCUCCACUGCUUGAAACAGUACAGUGGUGAUGAGCAAUUCAUGAAGCACAACUCCAACAAGCAGAAUGACCACUGCCUGUCCAACUUCGACCUGGCGGAGUACCGUCAGGUGCUGAGUGACUUGGCCAUCCAGAUCUACCAGCAGCUCAUCAAAUGCAUGGAGAACAUCCUGCAGCCCAUGAUCGUGUCCGGCAUGCUGGAGCAUGAGACCAUCCAGGGGGUGUCGGGCAUCAAGCCCACGGGUCUGCGCAAGCGCACGUCCAGCAUCGCGGACGAGGGCACGUACACGCUGGAGUCCAUCCUGCGGCAGCUCAACGCCUUCCACUCCACCAUGUGCCAGCACGGCACCGACCCCGAGCUCAUCAAGCAGGUGGUCAAGCAGCAGUUCUACAUCAUCGGCGCCGUCACCCUCAACAACCUGCUGCUGCGCAAGGACAUGUGCUCCUGGAGCAAGGGCAUGCAAAUCAGGUAUAACGUGAGCCAGCUGGAGGAGUGGCUGCGGGAGAAGAGUCUGAUGAACUGCGGCGCCAAGGAGACGCUGGAGCCCCUCAUCCAGGCAGCGCAGCUCCUGCAGGUCAAGAAGAAGACGGACGAGGACGCCGAGGCCAUCUGCUCCAUGUGCAACGCUCUCACCACUGCACAGAUUGUGAAGGUGCUCAACCUGUACACUCCUCUGAAUGAGUUUGAAGAGAGAGUGUCUGUGACCUUCAUACGAACCAUACAGACCCGUUUACGAGACCGCAUGGAGUCGCCGCAGCUCCUGAUGGACACCAAGAUGAUCUACCCGGUCACCUUCCCCUUCAACCCGUCCUCCCUGGCCCUGGAGACCAUCCAGAUCCCCACCAGCCUCAACCUCAACUUCCUGACCCGUGUGUAGACGCUCCCCCGCAACCCAGCCACACACACACACACACACACACACACACACACACACACACACACACACACACACACACACACAGCACACACCCAGCACUGCUACUGUCCUCUUCAUUCAUCCAGCCAAAUAAGAUCACGUUUGUUUUGCGUUUCUUGUUUUAUUUUGUUUAUCUGUUUUUGCAGAUACGAGUGUGUGUGUAUGUGUGUGUCUUCAGUGGAGGUGUGGUUGUAGCACUCUGGAUUUUGUGCUCAUUUCUGGAAUGUAUCAAUCCAGUAGUGCAGGUUCUCUCUCUCUCUAUCUCUCUCUCUCUCUAUCUCUCUCUCUGUUAGCAUCAUGCUGUAGUACCCAUGGUCUGUAUCAUAAUUAAAUGCAUAGAAAUAAAUAUAUAUCAUGCUUAUCAUAUUAUUUUAUUUAUUGCUUCUAAUCUUUCCCUCUAGAUAUUAUUCUCAGAGCUUAGACACUGAUAAAUAGAAAUAUCCAUUACCACAAUGUCACUUUUCAAUGACUGGAGAGAAGCCAUGUCAUUUGGAGGACUGAAUUAGGCAUAUGUUUAUCUCAAGCAAAGGAUGUACUAUAAAAUGCUGUUAUUUACUGUAGUCUUUCUUUUUGUUAGUAUGUGUAUUGUGAUUGGAAAUUAGCAUAUUUAGCUUACUGUGUCAUGUGUAACAGAUAUAUUGAAGGAGGGCCUGCGUUCCAAGGCUGCUGUCGAGAGUUAAUGCUUCCUCCUCUCCUCAAUAUCAAUAUUGUUUACAGCUCCAGACUGAGCUCUGUUGUCACUGGUGACACUGAGGUCACAUAUUAGAGUUCUUGUGGUUCUAUGGCAUCAGCCCUUUUGCCCGAGCUUCUAAAAGAAGGACGUGCUAGACUGGGUAUGGGAUUGAUCAUCUGGUUGCCAUAUGACUUUAGGGUCGGCCGUGGGCCUCCACUGAACUAUUGUGUAUCUCCAAAAGCACACUGGAUAUCCCACAUAUUCUACUGAUCACAGGCGCUCUGAAGAUAGCAUAGGUUACGUUUGUAAGCAGCAGGUGGCUUUACUCAUUUCAGUAUUAAAGCUUUCCAACCCAAAAAAAUGAUGUUGGUUAAGUGGUUGUUCCGUUAGCAGUUUUUUUUUUCUUUGCCUUUUGGUUUUGGCUUAUUUUGCCAGGUAUGCCAUGCAGUUUGUAUCCGAGUGCUGUCAGCUUUACCCCAUGACUACCGAUCUCAUCAGCCAAUAUGCGCCCCCAGCCUCACCUGUGCACCCCCACACACACCUGUUCACCCCCAGACUCACCUGUGCACCCCCACACACACCUGUUCACCCCCAGACACACCUGUUCACCCCCCAGCCUCAUCUGUUCACCCCCACACACACCUGUUCACCCCCACACUCACCUGUUCACCCCCAGCGUCACCUGUUCACCCCCACACACACCUGUUCACCCCCACACACAGCUCUAGGGGCUGCUCACUGCAGUGCAAAUGUAAAAAGACAUCUUCAUAGAAAUGUCUGUGAUUGCUUGUGCUUCUCUUUCUUUUACUUCCCAAAACCAAUUGGCUCUCGGUGGGUAGUGCCCAUCUGCAUGCGUAGUGCUGUCCCCUCUCAACAGACCUGCAUGGGCCACGCUGAGCUCCAGGUGUGUGUGGGUAGUGUCGCACCAGCUCCUGCCACCUGGACACUAGCAAGCGUGCUAGCUGUUCCAUGGACACACACAUGUCCACAUGCCUUACUCCUAAUUGUACUUUUAGCAGGUUAGACUCCAACAUGCAUCACAGCUAUUAGAACUUCGCUCCUCCCGAUUCCCCACACCAUCUCAAUUUCAGAUGUCAUCGGCCUGUUAAAUACGCCCAUGUAAGUUCAUGUAGACCUCUCCAAUUGGAAUGAGCAGUUGAGAACAGAUACACAACAGCUAGUGAAGUUGCCAUGUCUCAGGUUGUCUCUUGGAACUGUUUUGUGUUCUGAAUCCAGGGUGAUUCCAAAUUCAUUUCCACUUAUUGGGACCAUGACUUUUAUGUUUUAUGUAUGUUUGCCUUCUAUUGUCAUGAUCAACAUUUGUGUUGUGUUGAAAACUAAUGUUACAUUUAAAAGUGUAUAAUAUAAUGUAUGAAUUGAAAGGAAUUAGAUGAUGCAUAACUGGAAAACUGCAUUUUAAAUCCAUAUCAUUUGUUUUAUUAUCCUUAUAUGCCACACAAUUGGACAAAGCCUUACUUGAAAAAUAAAUAUGUUAUGCCCAACAUCAGCAUCAUUUGUUUUUUUCCAUCCAGUACAUUUUUGUUUUGUUCCCCCUUUUCUGAACUUUAUUUGUGGAACUGGUUCUAUGGCACCCUUGUGUGUUUGCCAUACAUGUAAAAGAAAGACCUUGAUGUCAGUACAGGUUCUAGAUGUCCCAGCAUGCACCAUUGUGAUGAUGCAGGGAAGCGUGGUGUACUUUAACCAUCUAAUGGCAGAUUACAAGAAGCUCAGCUGUCCUGCAGCUGUUCUUUAUGGAACAGGCAGGUAUGAUCACUUCAACUGGAUACAGUAGAUAUGAUCACUUCAGAUAGCAGUCAUGUUGAACCAUAUCGCUGUUUUCCUUGUUUUAGUUCCGAUGCUAUAUCAGCUGGUAUAUCCUACACAUCUCAUUCAACAUCACAAAUGUGUUGCACUAUGAAGAACUUGUUGUUCUUGAACUUUCCAUGGGAUGAAAUAAUCAUGUUUUGGUGUCUUAGGCAGGAGGCUCUCUGUGGUGUAAAGCAUAUUGGUUGUAUCAUUUUACUUGAAGGAUUAGAAUAAAGCCAUUUCAUCUCUCACAGGCUCUGUGGACAGAGGCUUCAUGUCAUAGUGCUGUGCGGUCUCCAUUUAUGCUUGUCACUGUUUGAUGAUGCUGUUGCCUCAUCUGUUUUUGUAACACUGCAGAAAUACUGGAAAGUAACUUUGUUUGAAUACUUUCCCCUCACAUCGUUCAAAUGUAAAUGCUGUUCAUGUAUGAAACGGAAUCAUCCAAAGGUCCAGUAUGUAAAUUUGAAAAGAUCUCAAAUGUUUGUAGUCCCUGUUAGCUAUAACUAUUAAAUGUCCUUACCAUUGGAACAAUAACAUGGAGUAAGGUUCAAAGGUCAUACUUGUGAAAGAUGAUGAAUAAAUUAAUUCAGCACCGUC